ACUUAUUUUCUUUUAUCACAACAAAAUAUUUAGGUCACGGCGUCGUUUCAGGAAAGGCAAGAAGAGUAAAGAGUGGUCAAUCGGAAGCAUUUUCCGUUUCCAUUUCCAUUUUGUUUGGGCAUCAACCGGCAUAGGCAAUAUAAAACCCCAUUUCGUGUGCUACCGCUACUGACGCAACUCACAAGUGAAGAAGAACGAGAGAUUGAGAAGAGAAAGCGUUCCAAAAUGUUCACGCUAUCUCGCGUGUUCCCUCUCACUUCCCCUUCCAGGCAUAGGCUCUUGGAAGUGCUGUCCUCUAGGAAAGUUGAAGUCGGAGACCGUCUGCGCCAAGAGGGGCGCGAUUUUACCUAUUCAGCUGCCAUUUCUACUGCUACAAAUAACUAUGCUGCCAAAGGACACGCUUCCGAUCGAAUAUUUGCUCCUUAUACUGUUUACAAGGGCAAAGCUGCAUUCUCGUUGAUUCCUUGUCUUCCAACUUUCACUAAGUUGGAUUCUGGGACUGUUGUAGUUGAUCGACGCGGUUCAAUCAUGAUGUCUUUCAUGCAUUCUAUUGGAGAGCGCAAAUAUGACUGGGAUAAAAGACAGAAAUUUGCUCUCUCGGCAACUGAAGUUGGUUCUUUGAUAACCAUGGACGCUCAAGAUUCCUGUGAUUUCUUUCAUGACCCCUCAAUGUUAUCAAGUAAUGCUGGUCAAGUAAGGAAGAGCUUAUCAAUUAAGCCUCAUGCAAAUGGCUACUUUGUGUCUUUGACUGUUGUCAACAACCUGUUAAACACCAAAGACUACUUCAGUGUUCCCGUCACAACUGCUGAGUUUGCUGUAAUGAAGACAGCUUGCACUUUUGCAUUGCCACACAUUAUGGGUUGGGACCAGAUAACUAAUCAGCAAUCCAGAGGCAUAGAUGGCCUUCAAGCAAAGGGUGACUCUAAAGUUUCAGAGUUGGAAUGGGAAAGAUGAAUUGCUAGGAAUAUCCGAAUAUGAAAUGGAUCCUUUUUUGUUUUGCAAUUCUAAUUUGUAUAUUGCCAAUUUGAAGACGAGGAUUUGCUAGGGGAAGAUGUAAAUUGCAAUCUUUAAGAAAGGGAUACGUGAUGUUGUAUAACUUGUUAAACUAGUAUGCUCUUCUGCCUGGCUUUGAAAAUACUAUAGUAUUAACUGUUUGAAAAAUCAUCAAUCUGAUGGCAACACGGAAGUAUAUCAGUCCUUUAACAGCGAGUUGAUGAUUAUGCA